AAUGAGCACGUCGACCAAGCGCGGGGACGCCCUGGUGGCCCUCGGCAUGGAGGCUGCGGGAGCCUCGCUUGUCAUGGGCAUUCCUGGUGUCCAGAACCUCAAGAUGUAUGAGGCUCUGGCGUCGCUGACGGAGGCCUCUCCGUCCAUCGCCCUCAUCGGCAACGAAGAGUCGGCCGGUUUCAUGGCAAAUGGCGCAUGGGCCGCAUCGGUGGCUGCCGGUGCUCCAGCGCUCCCUGUUGUCAACAUCAUCGGCGGUCCGGGCAUCACCCAUGCCCUGCCUGGUAUCGCUGCUGCUGCUCUGGCCUCAGCGCCCAUGCUGGUGGUCACCACAGGUGCUCGCCGAUCGCCCUCGAACUCGGCUGUUGCUUCGGACGCCUAUCAGCUCCACGAUGUCGACAACCAGGCCCUUCUCCGCCCCAUGGUCAAGGACGUCUUCGCGCCUGCCUCAGGUGAGGCCAUUCCCAAGCUUUUGCUCCAUGCCGCAAAGCUGGCCAUGGACCCGUCGCCGGCUGCCGGCGGCGCCCCGGGCCCGGUCGCGGUCGAAAUCCCCUCGGACAUGCUCAACUCGAUGCAUGCCUGCGACGCCGCUGCCCUCGACGCCGCCAUUGCCGCUGCCGCCGUAGACCUUGCUGCUGCCUACGGGGCAUACCCGGUGCUUGCCUCGCGCCCAGCCGCGGAGCUCCAAGCUCUUGCUUCCGCCGUGCCCACCGACCUCGCGCCGUUUGGCGUCAUCGUCCUUCCGUCGCUCACUCCGGCCACCGCCUCCGCCGGCGUCCAGUCGUGCCUCCUUGAGGGCACGUCGACGCUUGUCAUCGAGAGCCCCGGCACGCUCUGCACCGGCAUCGGCGCCGCUCUCUGGCGCGCCGCCUAUGGCUCCGACGCCGCCGCCAAGGCUCCGACCUGCGUCGUCACCUCGCGUGACGACCUGCUCGCCACUGGCAUGGAGCUGGUCACCGCCGCUGCCGCCAACGCGCCGCUUGUCGUCGCCGUCCUUCCACGCACCGCGCCGCUGGCCAACGGUUCCGCCCCGCCGGCCGUCGACCUGGCCGCCUUUGCCGAAGGCGUCUCGGCCCGCUUUGCUGUCGGUGCUUCGCUCGCCGACGCCGCUGCCCUGGCCGCCUCUGCGGGCUCGGUCGUCAUUGUCGAGCUGACCGAGCCGGCUCUCGCCACUCCGCUCCCGGCUGCUCUUGACCUCCCGGCGCUUGACACCCUCUUUGCUGCCCUCGCUGCCAUGAGUGACUCGCCGGGUCCCGCCCUCGCCUUUGUCACCCAUGCAUGGGCAGGCUUCGGCUGGAAGGCGCCAGCCACCGCUGCCGGCCUCGACGUCCGCGCCGUCACCGACAACCAGUCGGCCGGCUUCAUGCUUGACGGCUAUGCUCGCUCGCAGCGGUGCCAGGCCGUCGGCGUCGCCCUCGUCGCGCCGAGCGUUGACGUCCUCCCGGCUGUCUUCUCCGGCGUCGGCGAGGCGCACAUGGACAACGCCCCGCUCGUGGUUGUCUCGCUUGAGGCCGACGCUCCAGCCCCCCACGAGGCCCGUGUUGCCAGCUGGUACGCCGCCGUCGCCGCGCCCAUCUCCAAGGGCGCGCUUGCCGUCGAGCACCCGCACAGCCUUGUCCGCACCCUCGCCUCAGCUGCCGCUCUCGCCGUCUCGGGCACGCCCGGUCCGGUCUUUGUCUCGGUCCCGCUCUCGGUAGCUUCGGGCGCGCAGCUCGUGCCCGACGCCGCCGCCGGGCUCGCCCUGCCGGCUGGUCUUGAGCUCGCUCCGCCGCCCAUUACCGCUGCCCAGAUCCGAGGCAUUGCCGCUGCCCUUCUCAACUCAGCCUACCCGCCGCUCUUCCACGUCGGUCUCGGCGCUGCGGGCGUCGAGCCCGCAGCCCUUCUUGCCCUCGGCCGCCUCACCGGUGCCCUCUUCACCUCGACCUUUUCUGGCAAGGGUGUGUACCCCGAGUCGAGCCCCGGCUUUGUUUGGCCGGGCUUUGGCGCCCAGGUUCCGUCGGUCCUCCGCGAGUUUGUCGAGCCUGUCGAUGUUGUCGUCAUUCUCGGCGCCCGCAUGUCCGAAAUGGCCUCGGCCCACUACCGGACCGCGCCGAAGCGGGUCACUUUUCAUGUGGACAUCAACCCGGCCGUGCCCGGUGCCCACAUGGACGCCGUUCCUGUCCGGGCCGACUCCUCGGCCCUCGUCGCUGCCCUCGUCGCCGAGCUCGAGUCGCGUGCUGCCGCCGGCGUUCGCGCCGCCUGCCUCGCCACCGCCCAGUCGUCGAUUCAUCCGCGCCUCGCCACCGCCCGCGCCACCCUCUGGCCGGCCCUCUCGGCGCCCGAGAUGAGCGAGCGGACCGCGUCGGCGUCGGGCGUCACCGCCCUUCCUCCCGCUGCACUCUUCGCCGCGCUCCAGACCGCCUUCCCGUCUCAGACCACCGUCUACGUCACCGACUCGGGCAACGGCACUGUGCUCGCCAUGGAGCACCUUGUCCUCGACGCGCCCACCCGCAUCCUCUCGCCCACAGACUACUCGUCCAUGGGCUACUGCGUGCCGGCUGCCCUCGGCGCCGGCGCCGCGCCUACCAACACCCACGCCGUUGCGCUGGUUGGAGACGGCGCUUUUCUCAUGACCGGCCUUGAGAUGGCGACCCUUGUCAACGCUCCGCUUCCGGUCACCGUCGUUGUCCUCCGCGACCACGAGCUCGGCAUGAUGUCCGGCCUCCAGCGGUUUGUGGGCCGGACUCCGUUCUGCACUGUCCUGCCCAAGUACAACCUCGCUGCCCUGGCCAAGGCCUUUGGCCUUGGCUAUGCCCACGUCGACACCACCGCCGGCCUCUCCGCUGCUGCCGCCGCGGCCGCCGCGGCCUCCACCUCGAUGCUCCUCGAGGUCGAGGUCGACUACUCGACCAUGACCCACUUUUCGCGUGGCGUGCUCUCGUCGCGCGCCCGCACUGCCGCCUUUUCGCCCAUGGUUGAUCAGGCCGUGUCUGGCUCGCCCACGCCCGCGCCUGCGUCUGCGAGUCUUCCUGUGCCGGCCCGCUCGCCACCGACCCCGACCCCGCCUCCGGCUUCCGAGGACAUCAUGCCUGCCGGUGUCGACCCGUGGGACAUGCUCGAGCGUGCCGUCGCGCUCGGCUCGUCCACCGUCGGCGUCCGUGACGUCACCCGUGGCACCGAGCACACCUACGGCCAGGUCUAUGACCGCGUCCGCAACAUUGCGUCGUCGCUCGCGGCAGCGUCGUCCGGCGGCGCUACCGCGCUCCGCCAGGUCCGCAUCGGCGUCCUGUGCCGCAACUCGGCUGUUGUCUACGAGCUCCACUUUGCCGCGGCUGGCCUCCGCUCGGUCGUCCUCAACCUCAACACCGGCCUUGUCGCCGCUGAGCACGGUUUCAUUCUUGGCGACGCCUCGCCGCACUGGCUGGUGGUGGACAGCGAGUACGCUCCGGUUGUCGCCGACAUCCUCGCCGGCGGCCACUGGGACGGCGCCCAGGCAGCGCUCUCGCUUGGUGGCAUCGUCUGGGUCUCGCCGUCCGAGGCCGAGGACGCCGCCCUCAGCCUGCCGCUCACCCGCGGCGCCCCGUUCACGGUCGCCGAGUACACCUACACCCAGAUGGUGGCCGGAACCUUGUCAGGCUUUGCGCCGCUCGCGCUCCCGGUCGGCCCCGCCUCGCCGUCAGACGGCUACCAGAUGUACUACACCUCGGGCACGACCGGCUUCCCCAAGGGCGUGGUCCUCUCCAACAAGAUUGUGACCAUGCAUGCACUCGGCGCUGCCGCCGAGUUCUCCAUCACCGGCCGCGACGUAUGGGGCCACUUUGCGCCCAUGUUCCAUCUUGUCGAUGCCUUUGCCAUCUACGUCAUCACUUGGGUUGGUGGCACGCACAUCAUCUCGCGGACCUUUGACCCGCUUGGCGCGCUCGGCAUCGUCUCGGACCAUCGAGUUUCCAUCACCAACUUUGCGUCGACCAUGGUGACCAUGAUGAUGUCGCUGCCGGCAACCAUGCUCGAGCCGCUGGACCUCACCUCGAUGCGGCUGAUGUCGUGCGGCGGCUCGCCGCUCCCGUCCGAAAUGGUUCGCCGCGUCUUUGAGCGGUUUGGCGAGCAGGUCACCUUUUUCAUCUCGUACGGUAUGACCGAGUGCUGCGGCAAGAUCUCGUUCUCGCUCGUCACCCCAGCCGUUGCCGCCCUCGGCGACGGCGCCGCCGAGUUCAUCACCACCUCUGGUCGCCCGUUCCUCCUCAUGGACGUCCGCAUUGUUGAUCCCGAGACCGGUGCUCCCGUUCCGGCUGACGGCAAGACCGUCGGUGAGGUCCACAUUCGCGGCCCGACCGUCUUCUCUGGCUACUGGAACCGGCCCGACGCCAACGCCGAGGCCUUUACCUCGGACGGCUACUUCAAGACUGGCGACCUUGCCGUCGCCCUCGACCACGGCUACCUGCGAGUCGUCGACCGCGCCAAGAACAUGAUUCUUACCGGCGGUGAGAACGUGUACUGCGCAGAGGUCGAGAACAUCCUCUACCGCGCCCCGCAGGUCCGCAUGGCCGCGGUCGUCGCCCAGCCCGACCCUGUCAUGGAGGAGAUUGUCAAGGCCAUCAUCGUCCUCAACCCGGACGCGCUUGGUCAGGAGGUCGCCGUCGAGGCCGCGCUCCGCGAACUCUGUGCUGCUAACCUUGCCCGCUACAAAGCCCCGGUCGUGUACGAGUUUGCCGACCAGCUCCCGAUGACCGCCUCGGGCAAGAUCCAAAAGUUCAAGCUCAAGCCGUCGGCCGCCGGCGCCGGCGCAGCUCGCAGCGACGCUACCGCUCCUUCCCGCCUUGUCGAGGCCUCGACCUACGUCGCCGACCACGUGUACGAGACCCAGUACAUCCCGAUCGGCCCAGUCACCGGCGCGGGCCUUGCCGGCUCGGGCACCUUUGUCAUUGUCCUCGGCGACGACGUCGCCUACGGCUCGGCCCUCAUCGCCAGCAUGGCACCCGGCUCGGGCGCGGCCGUUCCACUCUCGGGCGGCAACAACGCGCUCCGCGCCGCACUCGACGCAGCUGCGGCCGCCGGCUCUGCUGCAAACGCCAGCAAGUGGGCGGUCAUCUUUGCGCCGGCGCCGGCCAAGGCAUCGUCGUCGGGUGUCGCCAUGUCAGCCUGGCUCCUCGACGUGCUUGCGGGUGUGCAGGCGGUGGCGGCGACGCCGGCACUGGCCUCUAUUGCCACGGUUGCAGUCCUGACCCGCAACGCGGCUCCUGUUGCACCGCCGGCGGGCGCGCCUGCUGACGGCCACGAAGGCGCGCUUGAGCAGUGCGUCUGGUCGUUCUUCCGGGUCCUCGCUCGCGAGCAGAGCUCGUGGGCCAAGGUCGGUAUCAUCGAUCUUUGCCCGGGCGCUGCCGGUGAGGUGGCGUUUGAGGGCAGCGUCCUCGGCCGGGUCCUGGGUGCUGAUGGCGUUGUCGGUGGCGCUGUGACACAGGUCAUGGAGAUUGCGCUCCGCGGUACCUCUGUGUACGCCACCCGUCUUGUCCGGGCCCAGGUUCCUGCCGGCGGCGUGGCCGCCGACGCAGUCUGCGCUGCACUUGGUGCCGCCGACUCCGGUAUGGUGGUUGUGACCGGCGCCCUCGGCGGCCUCGGCCGCCAUGUCCUGCGCUGGCUGGCGCGGGUUGGCGUCAAGCGCAUCGGCAUUCUCUCGCGGUCCAAGGCAUCGCUGGAGGAGCUGGACGGUGCUGCCGCCGCCGUCGUCGCCGAGCUCGGCGGCCAGGGCGUGACUCUCUCGCUGGCGCAGUGUGACGUGUCCAAGCCAGAGGAGGUUGUCUUUGGUCUUACCGCGCUCCGCGAUGGGGCCCGCGCCGCAGGCGUCAAGAUCUCGGCCAUCUUGCAUCUUGCCGGCAUCCUCGAUGACGGCUUUGCCGUCGGCAUGGAGCCGGCGCGGUUCGAGCGCGUCCUCAGCGCCAAGGUUGUUGGCGGAUGGGCGCUGCAUGCUGCGGCUGAUGCGCUCGCUCUGGAGCUCGACGCCUUUGUUCUCUUCUCGUCGGUUUACGCCGUCCUUGGCUACGCGCAGCUGACCCACUACGCGGCAGCAAACGCGUACCUCGACGGCCUGGCUGCCUUCCGCCACCGCGCCGGCCUGCCGGCGCUCAGCGUCAACUGGUGCACGUUUGCCGAUGACGGCAUGGCGUCCGAGCUCGGCCCGGCCUUUGAGCGCUACUGGCGCUCGCAGGGCUUCGGCUUCCUGGACCCGACUCAGGCUUUCAUGGGCCUUGGCCAGCUGUUGGCCGCCGACAACGCCGCAUCAUCGAUCGGCAUGUUUGAGGUCGACUGGGCUGCGUUUGCGGCGUCGUCGAUGACGCCGUCAACGUCGACGGUGGUCGAACUGGUCGCUGCCGCUGCCGCUGCCCCGGCUGCUGCCGCUGCUCCGGUUGCUGCCCCGGCUGUCGCAGGUGUUGAGGCCCGUGUCGAGGACGUGGUUGGCGAGCUUGUGGGUGCCGCCCGGCCGUACGGCUUUGACCGGCAGGCGCCGUUUGCGCAGCUGGGCGUCGACUCGCUGGCGUCGGCCACGCUCCGGACCCGGCUCAACGAGGCCUUUGGCGUCGAGCUGAGCGGCAUGGUCCUCUUUGAGCAGCCGAACAUUGCAGCCAUGGCUGGUCACCUGGUCUCACUGGGCGUGCAGGCGCCGGCGGCGGUCGCCGCGCCGGCUCACGCGUCAGCGGCAUCGGCUGCUACCGCUGCUCCGGUCGCUGCCCCGGCUACGGCGGGUGUCGAGGCCCGUGUCGAGGACGUGGUUGGCGAGCUUGUGGGUGCCGCCCGGCCGUACGGCUUUGACCGGCAGGCGCCGUUUGCGCAGCUGGGCGUCGACUCGCUGGCGUCGGCCACGCUCCGGACCCGGCUCAACGAGGCCUUUGGCGUCGAGCUGAGCGGCAUGGUCCUCUUUGAGCAGCCGAACAUUGCAGCCAUGGCUGGUCACCUGGUCUCACUGGGCGUGCAGGCGCCGGCGGCGGUCGCCGCGCCGGCUCACGCGUCAGCGGCAUCGGCUGCUACCGCUGCUCCGGUCGCUGCCCCGGCUACGGCGGGUGUCGAGGCCCGUGUCGAGGACGUGGUUGGCGAGCUUGUGGGUGCCGCCCGGCCGUACGGCUUUGACCGGCAGGCGCCGUUUGCGCAGCUGGGCGUCGACUCGCUGGCGUCGGCCACGCUCCGGACCCGGCUCAACGAGGCCUUUGGCGUCGAGCUGAGCGGCAUGGUCCUCUUUGAGCAGCCGAACAUUGCAGCCAUGGCUGGUCACCUGGUCUCACUGGGCGUUCAGGCGCCGGCAGGCACCGCGCCGGCUCAUGCAUCGGCGGCACCGCCGGCGCCGGCGCCAGCGGCAUACGCCGCUCCGGUGCGCGCUGCGGUGACGACUGCGCCUGCGCAGCCGAUGCCGACCUCUUUGGUGAGCCCGGGCGCCCGAGUGGGCCCGGGCGUGACGAUUGCGCCGAUGGCGAUUGUGGAGGACGGCGCGGUGCUUGGCGCUGGCGUCUCUGUGGGCGCGUUCUCGAUCAUCCGCUCGGGUGCGGUCAUUGGUGCGCGUACCAAGAUUGGAUCACACGUGCAGAUUGAGUCUGGGGUGCGGUUUGGCGAGGAGAACGACGUCGGGGCGUUCUGCCACUUUGUGGGUCCUGACGUCGUUGUCGGAUCGCGCAACGAGUUCUCGUCGCACUGCGUGGUGGGGCUCUGGCCCGAGGACUACGUGACGCGGACGCCGCCGACCGGCGGCAUUGUGAUCGGCAACGAGAACGUGUUCCGCGAGUACGUCAACGUCCACGCGCCCGAGGGCGAGCCUCCCAAGUACGAGGCGGUGACCAAGAUUGGCAACAAGUGCUACUUUAUGAACUACGCGCACAUUGCGCACGACAUGGUGAUUGAGGACAACGUGACCGUCACGUGCUCGGUCCAGUUUGGCGGCUACUGCCGGGUCAUGCGCAACGCCAACGUCGGCAUCAACUCGCAGGUCCACCAGUUCUCCACCAUCGGCCCGUACUGCAUGGUCGGCCUUGGCACCUCUGUCGUCCGCGACGUUCUGCCGUUUACCACCUUUACCUCGCGCGGCUCGUCGCCGUCGGGUACCUCGCAGUCGCUCAACUUUAUUGGCCUCUCCCGGGCCGGCUACUCGGACGUCCAGGUCGCCGAGCUCGAGCGGUGGUACGCCAAGACCUUCAAGCCCUCUGCCGCCCUCACCCUCGAAGCUCUCGAGCCGCUCCUCUACAAGUCCGACGGCAGCCAGUUCUGGUUCGCCAACGAUCUCCGCAACUGGGUCAGCCAUCGCCUCGCCCAGCACCGCGUCCGCCCCAUCGGCAGUGUCGAAUGGGCAUAA